ACAGGUUACGGUCGAUACAAUGAUCUGUUUCAGCUUGUAUUUUAAAACAUAUAGGAUAGUGAUUUUAUAAAAUAAAGAAUUAAUUUAAGAUUAUUGUAAUAUAAGGAUUGUAUUUUGUUACAACUUAGUAAAAAGAAAAACUGUAGGUUUUAAUUUUGUUGCCACACAAAACCACGAGUUUAGAACACUCGUUUGAAAUCUGUUUUCGAAACAUUUUCAUUUUGCCGUGUAACUUGUAUAUUUUAGUUAAUCAUGGAACCAACAGGACGCAGGCCUGUCAGUGCAGUUCCACAACAGGAAUAUUUGCUUCAGGGAAGUAUCAUGGACAAUUCCUGUGAAGUUUUAUUGCACAGAUUGCGAGGUCUUUGUGACAACUCAGAACUGACCCCAGAAAAUUUUAAUGAUUACGAGAUGGCCUAUCAAAUCAGAGGACCUACAGGAACUCCUCUAGUGUUGAGGGCACGGCAAGCUUUAGACUACCCUGGAAACCCAUGGCAUCUUCGUUACAUUGGACAGCCAGAAGUUGGUGACAAGAAUAGACCGACUUUAGUUCGUAGUUCCAUUGAUGUUAGCACAUCCAAAAACUUAGUGCAGUUUCUUACAGAAUUAGGUUUCAGACUGGAAUCUGAGUUUGUAUUGAAAGGACAAGUUUUUAGGAAAGGAAGAAUGAAAAUUAUAGUUGCUAAAGUCUAUCAGCUUCUUCAACAAGGAAACCCAAAAAACCUAGAGCCUAUAUCUCAGUCUCAUUUAGUUGAGCUGAGUGUGGUCGCCCCCUCUGGUCAGGAUGCUCUAGCGGACGAAGUUAAGUCAUUUGCAGAACAAUUGAAACCGCUAGUGCAGCUGGAGAAAAUUGACCACAGAAGACUUCAGCACAUAUGAAUUAAAACAAUUUAAGACUCCCUAACAUUUCUUGUAUUCUUUACUUAUUGUUUUACCAGGAAUUAUAUCGCCAACAACAAAUACUGAAUAUCUUUUCGCAUUGGUGGUCUACGUACUGUAACAUUUUGUCAUUAUCUGUUUUAUACAUUGUAUGAUAAUCAUUAAAAUACACGUGACAGUUCUGGUAAA